UGGAAUCGAAAAUCGUGCGUUCUAUCGAUGUAAACGUGAUCAAUUUAUUAAAAGUAAAAAGAACACUAACAAUUUGUUUUUAAAAACGUUUUUUUUCCAUACAAGAUUAUUAUGGAUUCAUCAAUUCUGUCUCCAGAAAGCAAACCAUCUACUUCUGGAAGUUCUCACGACAAGAAAAACGCACUCUCUGGUUCAAGUUUGAAAUCUCCUCGAAGGUCCCAUAAUUCGGAAUCUGAUCAUGAUAAUAAUGAAUCUGAGUCGCCUGACAAGAGCAAAAACAAGUCGCCGGCAAGAGUGAAACAGUCACCGUCACAAGAUCGGAAAAGAAAAGCAGAGACUGAUGAAGAAAUUAAGGCAAAACACGCUAAACAAGAGGAGGAAAGAUUAAAGAUGCAGGUGCUUGUGUCCAACUUCUCAGAAGAUCAGUUGAAUCGCUAUGAAAUGUUCAGGAGAGCUGCAUUUCCUAAAGCCUCUAUCAAAAGGCUAAUGCAGAGCAUCACAGGUACAACCAUAUCUCCGAACGUUGUCAUAGCAAUGGCAGGAAUUGCAAAGGUGUUUGUGGGAGAAGUGGUAGAGGAAGCCCUUGAUGUCCUUGAGCAAUGGGGAGAGACCGGCCCCAUACAGCCACGUCACAUCCGGGAGGCAGUAAGGGUCCUGAGAGACAAAAAUGUUGUACCAAACUCUAAGAAAAAGAAAGUGACUUUCACGUGAAGUGGCUUCAUGUGCGCCAAAAUGAGGCUGCGUCUGCUGGUAGACAUGGUUAUUGUAUCCAUGGAAACGAUAUUCUUCAGGGAGAAGUCUUUUCAUUGAAUGCCAAAAUGGAUAAGUUAUUGUUUGGAAUUUAAUUACCAUAACAGUGUAAGGAUGUUGUUUAAGGGUGUUAUGAAGGCAUUCAAUUGUGUAAUGGAAACAUUAGGGAAGAAAGUGUGUGCAAAGCUUGCAAACAAAACUGUACCCGGUAACAUUAAAAGUGUGUUAGACUUAGUGUUCUAUAUUUAUUAAUAGCUUUGUAUAAGACUGAAUGUCUUUCAAAUAUGUGCAAACAUAAAGUUUUUACUCAAUACUGUUUACAUGUCUGCAUGCUUUAUUGAGAGUUAUUAUAUAGUCAAAUCUUUAUUAAAUGAAUAAAGCUGAUUGUUGAACAUGUUUUCCUGGUUACUGAAGCAUGUAGGCUGGUAACCAGUAUUUAUUUUAUGCUUUCCUGUGGUUUAUAGAGAAAUAUCAGUGAAUUAAGCUGAUAAUUUCACUGUUUCAAACAAUGAAAAUUAUCAGUGAAAAUUAUCGAUAAUUUUCACUGUUUAUGUUAAAUGACGUCAUUUUUGUGAUGAAAGGACGUCAUUUUCCCAACAAAAUUAUUUAGUUUAACUCUUUAACAAUGUAUAUAAACUGUGAAAAAAACAUAAAAUAAAAAGAAAAUUUGUUGGUUUCUGUGCAUUAUCUCCUCUAUGUAUACAUGAUAAGUGAUCACGUGUGUCAGCUAGCACAAAUCAUAACUGAGACACAGUUUGGACCUCAUCCAUUUAUGAAUGUUUUUGUGACAAUUAUGCAUUUUCCCCAAAAGUUGACAUUGACACCUGGUUUUCUAAUCCUCAAACAGCUUUAGCAAAAGAUAUUAUUACAUUUUGAAGGCAAAGUGCACAGAUGCACGGAAUCCCCCAUGUUCAACCUGUAAUUUUACUGUCAGAAAAGAAUCAGUAAAAUUGCCUGACUAAUUUAUCCCCCCCCCCAAAAAAAAAAAUACACUGUAUAAUUUCAGGAUUUUAACUUGGAGUGUGAAUAUACAGUAUUAUCAUAACAUUAAUCGAUUACUUGUACAUUUGCAUAUGGGCCAUGCUCUGUGAAAAAGGGUUUAAUCAGGGGUGGCGAAAUCUCAAAAAACUAUACUUGUCCACGGACAACUAUUUCGGAAAUUUUACUUGUCCGUUGCUGAACUACACUUGUCAGUAAAUGUUUAUAUAAAUUAUAAACGCAUCAUUUGAUUAAUGUAAAACAAUGUGGAAUAUACCAAAAUGAGUAUGAUUUGCUAGUUUUGUUUAUAGUUGUAUUUCAAUAGUACAUUCAUUAUAGCAGUAUAUUAUAAACAAUAUAAAGACUUUCGAAAACUUUUAAUCUUGCAAAGCUAGUGUUAUUAAAACAUGUGUUGAACAUAAGUACAUCGUAAUCUUAACAAAUUAAACUAGUGCAAUAUGUCGACCUCAUCAGACUGAGGCUCUGCACCAAUACUGGUAGCAAUUUGAUUAUCAUCAACUGGUAACCAUUGAAAAUCUGUGAGCCAAGUUUCUUGAAAAGUUCUGGUGCGUUUAAAAGAUCAUAUUUUUUAUCAUAAUCUUACUUAGUUUUUUUGGGAGGUGGACUGCUCAAAGCUUCGGGUUUCUGCUCCGUUGUUGAAGAUUUAAAAAAACUAAAUGUUCCAUUUUUACCAUUAAAGUCGUCUUAAAUAUUAAGGUAGACAGUGUUUUGAUUAUCUUACUUUGAUACUUUUUAUUUCCGUCUGAUUGUAAAAAUAAAGAAACCAGUCUGUACACUGUCUAACAGUCGGGCCGAAUGUUUAAAAUGCGGCAUGCUCCUGGUCUCUUAUAGAAUAAGGGAGAUCACUGUGCAGGAGAGUGGCAGUAUUUUAGCUUGAUUGCUCCGCAAAUAGCACUGAAAAUGUAAUCGCAUGUCAACAUCCGGUUUUGUAAAACUUAAUUACGGCUUUAAUACAAUUUAUUUUUUUGUAUACCUGGACCCGACUUUUAAAAAACUUGUUGUCCACGGACAACUUAAUUGAAAAAAAUCAGUUGCCCAGACAAGCAAAUGUACGACUCGGGCAACUCGGACAUUUGAUUUCGCCACCCCUGGUUUAAUGUAUGUGCGUAUGUUUAGGCCUUAACUGGAUUUUUGCUGUGAAGAAACUGUCUGUAAACGAAAAAUAUCACAAAAGCGGAAUGUGUCGUCCCUGAUUAGCAUGCGCGAACUGAACAGGCUAAUCUGGGACAACACUUUCGGUACAUGCAUAAAACCCUCAUUUUACAGAGCAAGUGAAAAUAAUUUUGUUUAUACAUUAUUAAUGAUGCAAAUCCCAUGAAAAGGGAAGGGUAUGGAAUAAAAAUAAUAUUUUUAUUUUGAGAAGUCAAUACCAUCGUUGCAUGUGCCUAAUACAGGACUUUGGCAAUAAACUUGUUCAAGUUAAUGACUUCAAAAUUUGCAAAUGCUUGAUAACAUGUAUCAGUUGUCUGAUGUAUUUAAGGACAGAAAAUCAAUAAAUUUCGCCACCAUGACACAU